UUUAGUGCACGUGUUGUGAGACUUAUACUGUCAAUAAACGUAUAAAAGAUGAGUCAAAAACGCAAAAUUCGGAAGGAAAAGGAUGAUUUUGAAUACGAUCCAGCUCCUAAACAUCUGCACGUAGCACACGUAAAAAAUCAAGAGAAACGUUUGAUUAUUAUUUUAGAAAGAGCUCAGUUGGAAUCUGUUAAGGUUGGAAAUAGUUUUGAAUUAUUAAAUUGUGAUGAUCACACUCAUAUUUUAAGAAAGUUUAACCGUGAUCCUGGUUCAUGCAGACCAGAUAUUGCUCACCAGUGUUUAUUAAUGUUAAUGGAUAGUCCAUUAAACAGGGCUGGACUAUUACAAGUUUAUGUACAUACAGAGAAAAAUGUACUAAUAGAAGUAAAUCCACAAACCAGAAUACCAAGGACGUUUAAACGAUUUGCUGGUCUGAUGGUACAAUUAUUGCACAAAUUUAGUGUUCGUGCUUCUGAUGGUCCAAUGAAACUGAUAAAAGUGAUUAGAAAUCCAGUCACUGAUCAUCUACCAGUUGGAUGUCGAAGAAUUGCAAUGUCUUUUAGUGCAAAUCAAGUGCAAAAUCCAAGAGAGUUAGUUCCCUCUGAUGAACCAUUAGCUAUUGUGGUAGGUGCAAUGGCACAUGGACAGGUACAGGCGGAUUAUAUAGAAGAUACAGUGUCUAUAAGUAAUUAUCCAUUAUCCGGUGCUUUAACAUGUAGUAAAUUAUGUUCAGCUUUUGAGGAAGUUUGGGGAAUAGUAUAA